GUCACACCCCAAACCCUUUGCCUCGACCCGCUGCGCCGCCGCCGCCGCCGCACGCGAUUCCGCCUCUUCUCCCGGCGGCGGCAAUCCCCGCCGCCCGCUCCGAUAUCCAUCCCUCGAGCAGCGGCAGCGGCUGAUCUACUGCUGCUUCCGUCGCAUCCCUCGGCCGCCGUUUGUUUGUGGUACGUUCGACUGAAGCACCAUGUCCAACGUUACUCCCGCCGCUGACAUGCAGCCGCUUGAUGAGAAAGAGUUAGAACGCAAGCUGAAGAAAGAUCAGAAGGCAAAAGAGAAAGAGGAGAAAAGGCUUAAGGCGAAGGCGAAGGAGGCAGCUAGGCUCCAGGCACAAGCAGCUUCAGAUGGGCCCAAGAAAAGCGAGAAGAAGCAAAAGAAGAAAGUUGUGGAGGAUGAGAAUCCCGAGGAUUUCAUUGAUCCAGACACUCCUCAUGGGCAGAAGAAAUUUCUUGCAUCUCAAAUGGCCAAGCAGUAUAACCCAACUGCCGUUGAGAAAUCAUGGUAUCCCUGGUGGGAAUCGUCAGGAUAUUUUGGGGCAGAUGCUGCAAGCUCAAAGCCACCGUUUGUUAUAGUUUUACCACCUCCAAAUGUCACCGGAGCGCUUCAUAUAGGCCAUGCACUUACGGUGGCUAUAGAGGAUGCCAUCAUACGCUGGCGGAGGAUGUCAGGUUAUAAUGCUCUGUGGGUUCCAGGAGUCGACCAUGCUGGCAUUGCUACACAGGUUGUAGUGGAGAAGAAGAUUAUGCGUGAAAGGAAUUUGACAAGGCAUGAUAUAGGGCGUGAAGGAUUUGUAUCUGAAGUUCUCAAAUGGAAAGAUGAAUAUGGGGGUACCAUAUUGAAUCAAUUGCGUAGGCUUGGGGCCUCACUUGAUUGGUCCCGCGAGUGUUUUACAAUGGAUAAACCAAGAUCGAAAGCUGUAACUGAAGCUUUUGUCCAGUUGUACAAACAAGGCCUGAUAUAUAGGGAUUAUCGCCUUGUGAAUUGGGAUUGCACCCUUCGAACAGCAAUUUCUGACGUAGAGGUUGAUCAUAUGGAUAUUAAAGAAGAAACUAUGUUAAAGGUUCCUGGUUAUAAUGCAACUGUACAAUUCGGUGUGUUGAUCUCUUUUGCAUAUCCACUUGAGGAAGGAUUGGGUGAGAUUAUUGUUGCAACAACAAGAAUCGAAACAAUGCUUGGUGAUACAGCAAUUGCUGUUCACCCUGAGGAUGAUAGAUACAAGCAUCUGCAUGGUAGGUAUGCAAUCCAUCCCUUCAAUGGUCGAAAGCUCAAAAUAAUCUGUGAUGCUGAGUUAGUGGAUCCCACUUUCGGUACUGGGGCUGUCAAGAUUACACCUGCACAUGAUCCAAAUGAUUUUGAGGUUGGUAAGCGACACAACCUUGAGUUCAUCAAUAUUUUCACAGAUGAUGGGAAAAUAAACAGCAAUGGAGGUGCACAAUUUGAAGGAAUGCCAAGAUUUACUUCUCGAGUUGCUGUUAUUGAGGCACUAAAGGCAAAGGGCUUGUACAAGGAGACAAAAAAGAAUGAAAUGAGUUUAGGUGUUUGUUCAAGAACUAAUGAUGUGGUGGAGCCUAUGAUAAAACCCCAAUGGUUUGUUAAUUGCAAUACCAUGGCAAAAGCAGGUAUUGAUGCUGUAAGGUCCAAAAGAAUUGAGAUUCUUCCACAGCAGUAUGAGCAGGACUGGUAUAGAUGGCUUGCAAACAUACGCGACUGGUGUGUUUCAAGGCAACUUUGGUGGGGACAUCGUGUGCCUGCUUGGUAUGUUAUACUAGAAGAUGAUCAAGAGAAAGUUCUGGGUUCUGAUAAUACCCGUUGGAUUGUUGCUAGAAAUGAAAGUGAAGCAAACCUGGAGGCACAACAAAAGUAUCCUGGGAAGAAAUUCGAGUUACAUCAAGACCCUGAUGUGUUGGAUACAUGGUUUUCAUCUGGUCUCUUCCCAUUAACCGUACUUGGUUGGCCAGAUGAUACAGCUGACGUUAAAGCUUUCUACCCUGGUUCGGUGCUAGAAACUGGACAUGAUAUUCUCUUCUUUUGGGUAGCACGGAUGGUGAUGAUGGGGAUGCAACUUGGUGGCGAUGUGCCAUUUCAGAAGGUUUAUUUGCAUCCUAUGAUACGUGAUGCUCAUGGACGCAAAAUGUCCAAGUCACUUGGUAAUGUCAUUGAUCCUGUUGAUGUGAUAAAUGGUAUUUCACUGGAAGGUCUCCUCAAACGUUUAGAAGAAGGCAAUCUGGAUCCAAAUGAAUUGAACAUUGCAAGAGACGGGAAGAAGAAAGAUUUUCCUGAUGGCAUUGCUGAAUGUGGUACCGAUGCUCUCCGUUUUGCACUGGUUUCUUACACUUCUCAGUCUGACAAGAUAAACCUGGAUAUCAAACGAGUUGUUGGGUAUCGACAAUGGUGUAAUAAAUUAUGGAAUGCCAUUCGUUUUGCUAUGGGCAAGCUUGGCAAUCAUUACACUCCCCCUGCAACUAUUUCUGUAGCUACAAUGCCACCAAUAUGCAGAUGGAUAUUGUCAGUACUUAGCAAAGCUAUUGGCAAAACUGUCACCUCGUUAGAAGCAUACAAAUUUUCUGAUGCUACAUCUGCUAUAUACUCGUGGUGGCAGUACCAACUUUGUGAUGUGUUUAUAGAAGCUAUAAAGCCUUACUUCUUCAAUGACUCUCAAGAGUUUGAAUCAGCAAGAGCUGCCUGUAGAGAUGCCUUAUGGGUUUGCUUAGACACUGGUUUGCGCUUGCUCCACCCAUUCAUGCCUUAUGUAACAGAAGAGCUCUGGCAGCGUCUUCCUCAGCCUAAAGAUUCUUGUCGGAAAGAUUCCAUUAUGGUAACAGAGUACCCAUCCCUUGUUAAGGAAUGGACAGAUGAUAAAAUUGAAAAUGAGAUAGAUAUUGUCUUAGAUACUGUCAACAAACUGAGAUCUCUGAAGCCAACAUCUGAUACAAAUGAGAGACGACCUGCUUUUGCGCUUUGCCGAGGCCAAGAGAUCGCUGCCACUGUUCAAUGUUAUCAGUCUCUAGUCGUAUCUCUUUCUUCAAUAUCAUCUCUAAAGAUCCUGACAGAGAAUGAUGAAACACCACCUGACUGCGCAACAGCUGUUGUAAACAAAGAUUUGUCUGUAUACCUUCAACUCCAAGGAGCUCUCAAUGCUGAAGUUGAGCUUGAAAAGCUAAGGAAAAAGAGAGAAGAAAUUCAAAAGCUGCAAAAUGCUCUGUCACAGAAAAUGGAAGCUGCCGGUUACAAAGAGAAGGCUCCACAGAAUGUACAGGAGGAGGACAUGAAAAAACUCACUGGGUUUUUGGAACAACUAGAGAUUAUCAGUGAAGCUGAAAAGAAGCUCGAUGCAAAAACUGGCAAUAAUUGAGCCAGAAAUCUCUGUAGUGAUUUUGAAGAUACUUCUCUGCAUUCAAGUUUAUCCCAAAUUUUUGCAGGGUUACCUUAGUCAUUUGUAAUUUUGUAGCUUCAAGAAUAUAUAUUCACAGCAUUGUACUUCUUGAAUUUUGGUUGUCUGAUCUUGCAUUUGAAAGUGGUUUUGGUGGUGUUAGAUGAUUUUUGU